AUGGCUUUCAGGCGCCGCCCCCGGGUUCCCUGCGUGUUCCCCGUGCUGCUGGUCGCCUGCUGCCUGCCGCUGGUCGCCGGCCGCGGGAACUCCUCGGCGGAGGCGCCCCCCGGGGCCCCCGGCGGCGGCGGCAGGCCGCAUCUGGCGCAGGAGACGGCCAUCGAGCCGCCGGCGCCGUCGCCGCCGCUGGAGAAAGGCCCCCCGAGUCACGCCAACAAGCUGAAGCACAGACACGAGAGGAAGCCUCACCCGCCUCACCCGCCUCACCCGCCCCACCCGGCCCACCCGGCCACCUCCAACCGCUCGGCGGCGGCUGGGUCCCGCCUGCCGCCGAGCUGCCUGCACGCCACCUCCAUCAAGAACGCCUUCAAGUACAUCAACACGGUGCUGUCCUGCCUCAUCUUUGCGGUGGGGAUGGUGGGGAACGCCACGCUGCUGAGGAUCAUCUGCCAGAAUAAAAGCAUGAGGAACGGACCCAACGCUCUGAUAGCCAGCCUGGCUGUGGGCGACCUGAUAUACAUCGCCAUCGACAUCCCCAUCAACGUCUACAAGCUCCUGGCGAUGCGAUGGCCGUUUGCUGGCAGCGUGUUGGGUCUGUUCCUCUGUAAGCUGUUUCCCUUCCUGCAGAAAGCUUCAGUCGGCAUCACCGUCCUCAACCUGUGUGCCCUGAGUGUGGACAGGUACCGCGCGGUGGUGUCCUGGUCCCGGGUGCAGGGCACCGGCGUUCCCACGGUGACGGCGGUGGAGAUCGUGGCGAUCUGGCUGCUGUCGGCGCUGCUCGCGGUGCCGGAGGCCGUCGGCUUCGACAUGGUCACCUUUGAGUACAGGAACGUUACCAUGACGACCUGCAUGCUGCAGCCCAAGACGCCCUUCAUGACCUUCUACCGCGACGCCAAGGACUGGUGGCUGUUCGCCUUCUACUUCUGCGUUCCCCUGGUCUGCUCCGCCGUCUUCUACGGCCUGAUGACCUGCGAGAUGCUCCGGCACCAGAAGGGAAGCCUGAGGAUCGCGCUGAGCGAACACCUGAAGCAGCGCCGGGAAUUAGCCAAAGCCGUGUUCUGCCUGGUGCUGAUCUUCGCUCUGUGCUGGUUUCCACUUCAUCUGAGCCGCCUUCUGAAGAGGACCGCCUACAAGUCCCAUGAUGCACACCGCUGCCAGCUGUUGAAUUUCCUGUUGGUGCUCGACUACCUCGGCAUCAACAUGGCGACCAUCAACUCCUGCAUCAAUCCCAUAAUCCUCUACUUCGUCUCCAAGAAGUUCAAAAACUGCUUUAAGUCCUGUCUGUGCUGUUGGUGUUAUUCUGGCUCUCUCUCCAACAGUAUGCUGCCUAUCCACCACGGGACGAGUCUGCAGUACAAGAAUACUGACCACUGAGAGAGACAUCAUCAUCAUCGUCAUCAUCAUCAUCAUCAUCGUCGCACACUGAGAGGCAUCGGUCUCUAAAUGUUCAUUAAGCCCAAGAUAUUACAGUUUACUACAGACUAUCGUAUGCUGAAAUAUAAUAUAUAGGGUCUUUAUGGCCAAAAGCCUGUGGUCCAAAUGCUUCCUUGGUGUUGUUUAUCAUCCACUUGAGUUCUUCAACUUUAUCUUAUUUAUUUAUUUGUUAAGACAAAGCAGUCAACACAUGAUAGCACUAUAAAGGAAUGUUGGAUGGGAUAUCAAUAUCAAUAUCAGUAACAGGUAAAAUGCCAAUGAAAAACACCUAAAAACAUAAACCAGGAAGCAUGGAUUAGUAAAACACAACAAUAUAGUAAUAUACCACAUUAUUAGACAUAAAGUAAAAUAUUCAUCCAUCUAGAACGCUGUGUAGAAGUCUGUAAAAGCAACAAUAACGGUGCACUGUGUACCGUCCCUCAAUAAUAAUAAUAAUACAUCCCUCCAUAACAAACUGCGGAUGAUCUUUCUGUUCAGAACAUGAACUGAAACAAAUAAACCAUAAUAUGUGGUACAUCAUGGUGGAGAUGAAGGAAGAAAAAGCAGGUCACAAGUUGCCGGAAUAUUUAUUAAUUGGAGUGGAAGUGCACCAAUAAUUACAAUCAAUGAUACUUUACCUUAUUUUAACAGUUUCACAUCACUAUAAUUAUUAUCUGUAUAAUGAUCUUGUGUUCUUUAUAAUAUUGUAUAAUAUGACAUAUUACUGUUAUUUAGGUGGAGGUCCGUCUCUUCCUGCCCUUUUUGUUGUUUCUGAACUUUUUUACCUUUGUGUAUUUUAAUAAACGUAUUUAUGAACUUUAAACUACCUCUUCCACCGCUGAAUUUAAACUCUCAGUAUAGUUGUUGUUUUUGUUGUUGUUGUUGUUGCGGUGC